AUGUCAUCUGACCCUAGUACUCCAGAAAUGUCUGCGGCAACGAAGGAUGUUCUCAGCCGGGUGCAGCGGAUGAUUCCGCCCAUGUUGGAGAAGUUCCACAAAGGACAAUUGGGACGCGUCGCUGUUCUUGGCGGCAGUGUCGAUUACACUGGUGCGCCAUACUUUUCAGCCAUGGCGAGUGCCAGGCUAGGAUGCGAUAUGUCCCACGUAAUCUGCACCCCCGGCGCAGCCUCGGUGAUCAAGACCUACUCGCCAAACCUCAUGGUCCACCCCCUCAUGCGUCAAACCCCAUCAGACGCGCAGGACGCAGUAGCAGCGACGGACCCGGACAAGAUCUCGGGUCCCAUCAUCGACAUGCUCGCCCGCCUACACGUUCUCGUCAUCGGGCCCGGACUCGGCCGCGACCCGCUGAUGCAGGAGACCGUCGCGCGCGUCAUCCGCGCCGCCCGCGAGCGGUCGAUCCCGCUGGUCCUCGACGCCGAUGCGCUGCUCGUCGUUCAAAAGGAUCCCGGGCUGGUAAAGGGCUACGAGCUGGCUGUGUUGACGCCUAAUGUCGUCGAGUUCUCGCGGCUGUGUAAGGCUCUCGAGGUCGAUGAGGGGAAAGUGAAGAGUGAGACCAGCGGUGAUGGGGAGGAGAAGGAGACGGCCAAGGUCGAGUCGUUGGCGAGGGCUUUGGAGGGGGUGACUAUUGUCCAGAAGGGGGCCAAGGACUUUAUUUCGAAUGGGAGGGAUACGUUGGUCGUUGAUCUGCAGGGCGGGCUGAAGAGGAGUGGUGGGCAGGGUGAUACGCUUACGGGGUCGAUAGCGACGUUUUUGGGGUGGAGGCAUGCGUAUCUUGAGGGGUUGUGGGAUAGGGGUGGUGAGGGGAUCAAGGAGGAUGACUUGGUUAGACUUGCUGCCUUUGGAGGGAGCGCUAUUACGAGGGAAUGCUCGAGGCGUGCUUUCCUGAAGAAGGGACGCAGCUUGCAGGCGAGCGACUUAACUGAUGAGGUCCACGGUGCCUUCAUGACGCUGUUUGGUGAGGUGGAUGGCAACGCUGGCGCUACCAAGCUGUGA